AUGUCAACGUCACAAUUUUCAACUUCAGAAUUUGGUACAUGCCCCAAAUGCUCAUCACCCCGAUUCUAUUAUAACUGGUGUCGUCAGUGUGAAUUUUACGCUUAUCAAUCACUCUAUCCUAAAUGGACAUGUCAAAAUCAAGAAAUUGAUCUGGUUAUUAAGAGCAUUCAAGCGAAUGCUGGUUCAAUAUUUUCAUUUAUUGAAUAUAUUCCUUAUGAAAGGUUUCAAAAUAUUAAAUAUAUUGGAAAAGGUGGCUUUUCAACGGUUUGGGAGGCUGAGUGGAUUGAUGGACCACGGGAUGGACCACCAGCCUUUGAACAUAAGGAUGAGGCGCAAGACACACAGAUGCCGAAAUGGAAACGGAGUGGGCCAAGAAAGGUUACGUUAAAAUCUUUAAUGGCUUCUCAAAAUGUUAAGUCUCCAUUUUUUGAAGAGACACAAGAAUUCAUAGUGGUUUUUCAAAAUUGCCCUCAAUAUGAUUUACAAACAUAUCUUUCUCAUCUUCCAUAUACUACGUUACCACAAUCCCAUAAACUUAUUUCUCAAAUUGUCAGUGGUCUUAAAGAGAUUCAUAAGUCGGGUUUAAUUCACAGAAAUUUACAUUCUGGUAAUAUCCUAAUUGAUGAAAAUGGUGAUGCUUACAUUGGAGAUACUGGACUACCAUUUAUUGAACGUCCUCAUGAUAAAGAAUUGCAAAAAGAAAUAGUAAAAAAUAAUUUGAGACCUAUUAUGAUUGAGGAUAUGCCACCGGAAUAUAAAGAAUUGAUAUCUUCAUGUUUGGAUUCAGAUCCUUUGAAUAGACCAAGUAUUGAAAAUAUUGAAAAAAUUUUAAAUGAGAUGAUUUUUAAUGAAGCAGGAUUCGAGAUUGGGAUCAAAGGAAACGGAGAGAUACGAAGGGUUCUGUAUCAGGAGAGACAACGUAUAAUGCCUCAUAGGAAGGCAAAAUACGUUAGUAAAUUAAUUCCAUUUUUGAACAAAAAAAAAACUGAUGCCCACGAGAUCAAACCAGUUCCAUUACGAAAUGGAGCACAAAAUAACUUGGUUACGUCUAAUGAUUUUAUGAAUAAACUUGAUUCAGGAAUCGUUGAGGCAAAACGUGAUUCAGGAAUCGUUGCGGCAAAACGUGAUUCUCAAGUUAUUCCUCAGGUUUAUCCUCACGUUAAUCCUCAUACAAGUCCACAUAGCAGCCCACAGCGUAGUUCUUUGAUUCCAAAUGUUUUUGAAAAUAAACAAUGUUCUGUUGUGAUAGUAAAUUCUAAAGAAAAUAAUCCAAGAGAAUCAAGAGUUUUCACAAUGGGCAAAAAUUCUGGAAUGUAUUAUGAUGGUUUUAAGGAAUCUAUGGAAUGGUCAAAUCCAAAAACCGAUCAUAUUGCCCAGAAAUUGCAAACUGCAGCAGCAUACCGUCGUAUCUCAACAGCAGCAUACUCUGCAGCAAUAUCAUACCCUGAAAGUCAGUUCUCGGGUAAUCAAGGUAAUCAAAGUCAAAGUCAAUAUAUAGCUCCACAUCCAAAUACUGGUUAUGGAGCUCCUUCUCCAACCCCUCCACCACAAUAUUCAGGUUCAG